UAUCGAUUGUAUCGCGUAAUGCGGUAAAUAUUCUCACUAUAAAGUCGAGUUUAGCACUCAAGCAACAGGUGUUCUUUCCACGUGGAAUUCUGUUUCACUUUGAAUCAGUUUAUGAUAAUAAAAAAAGUUUACCGUUAAAAAUUCAUCAUUUUUAUUUUCUUUUCAAUCAGUUUAUUACUAUUUAAAUGAUAAUUUGAUAAAUAUCUUUACUGCAUAUAUCAAAAUAUAGAAAUUGCGACGUGUUUUAUUCUCAAUAUUAAUUAUUUCAACCUUCAAUGUAAUGAUAUAUUAUAUUCUCGAAUAUAUAAAAAAAAUAAUCUUUUUGAUAGUGAUAAUUUUCUUUCUAAUGUGAAAAAGAUGUCCCAUAACCAUAUGGCGCAUAUGAUGAAUGCAACGAAUGGGCAUUCAGCGCAUGGUAUUCACACAUCUCAUCAAGCUAUAGAUCAUUUAAAUAUGCAUGGAAAUAUGCACAAUUCUAUGGACCAUGCUAAUAUGGAUCAUGGAAGUCACCUUACUUCUGAUACGAACCCAUGUGCAAGUAUGGGAAUGCACGGUAUGUCAACGAUGUGGUUUCAUGGAGGAUACUGUGAACACGUAUUAUUCGAAUCGUGGAAAAUCACAUCAAUCAGUGGCCUUAUAGGAUCUAUGGUCGGUAUUAUGAUCAUGGCUGCGCUUUACGAGGGUUUGAAAUAUUACCGGGAAUAUUUAUUUUGGAAAAUGUAUAAUUCUCUUCAAUAUAGAAGUGUCACGAUGCCCCAAGAAAAAAAUGUCGUAGCCGAGGAUAACAGGGUUGUUCAUAUGGUUGGAGAAGUAAUACACAAACAACCGCCCACAAUGUUAUCAUGGAUGCACACGUUUCAAACGUGCUUACACAUUGUGCAAAUCGUGCUGUCAUAUUUCCUUAUGCUGAUCUUCAUGACUUACAAUGUCUGGUUAUGUUUUGCUGUAGUACUUGGUGCAGCAAUUGGUUACUUUUUAUUUGGGUGGAAAAAAUCUGUUAUCGUGGAUGUUACAGAACAUUGUCAUUAGUUAUUUAUGUAUUUAAAAUACAUUGUGUUUUUACAACAAAAAUGUACAUCAAUGUACAUUGCUGAAAAGUUCAUUCUGAUUGAAAGAACUUCGAAAUAAUUACAUGUAGUAUAUGUGUGCAGGAAAUAUAAUUAUUCUAAAUUCGUAUUUACAGAAAUAUAUAAAGAAAAUUGUUUCAAUUUAAAUUUAUUCUUAUGCAUAAUUAUUUUAUGCAUACAGAAUGCAAUUUUUAGUUAUUCAUUAAAAAAGAUAGAAUGGCUAAAUUAUUAUUGCAUAAAAAAUAUCUAUAAAAUGCAAAUUUGUAUACAAAAUAUUUAUAAAAUGCAAAUACUGGAAGAUUAAAUCUUUGAUCUGGAUAGCUAUAACGCACUUAAUUUGUAAAUAUUGUUAAAAAGUUUAAAUGAAAAGUAUCAUAAGAUACGCGCGCACUUUUUUCCAAACUUUUAUAUAAUUACCUUUAAUUUUUUAUUAUAAUAUAUUUUAUAAAUAUCUUCUCCUUGAUUAACCUUUUAAUGUUUGAAAAAAAGUGUGCAGUGAUGUCUUGAAUAUUGCAUACAUAAUGUAUUGUUAUUAUAUAACGUUAUCAACGAUUGUAUUAUUUAAAAUUAAUCUAUAAACUACUGUUAUUUGUAAAAUAUAAGAAAUUAUCACAUAAAAUAUAAAAAAAAAAAACAUUUCCAGUAUAUUUUAUCACUUUUAAAUAAGCACGAAAUUUUUUUCUGAAAAAUCGAUUUUGAGAUUAUAAAAUUUAUAAAAUAUAGAUAUAAAUUAAGAUCUAGGAUAAAAAUACAUGGUAAAAGUAUUAACUGCCACUUAGUAAAUAUAAAAUAAAUAUAAUAUUGUACAAUACAUGCAAUAUAUAUUGUACAGAUAUUUUUAUAAAAUUAUUGAUGAAUAUAGUAUUGAUGAUCUAAAAUGUAUUCCAUUAAUAGAACUGAUCUUGAAUACUAUAAAUUGAUGAAAUAUUUUGAUAUGAUUAAAUUUUAUAUAUAGUGUGCACUUGAAUCAACAGAGUAUUGAAUAAGAAAUCAGAAAUUUAUAUAUCCCACAGCUAUACAAAAAGCACCAGCAUGCAUGUCACAUUUAUAAUUAAUGCAAGCCUUUUCAUUAAAAAUAAUCCUUAAAAAUUA